AUGCCAGAAAAACAUGACCUGUUGGCCGCCAUUCUCGCGGCAAAGGAACAAGGCAUCGGGGCAAUCCUUGCGUUUGCAAUGGCGUACCUUCGCGGCAGAUAUAAUGGCGGUGCGUUUACAAAAACAGUAAUCGACGCAACGAUGUGCGCCAUUAUCGCCUAG